AUGCCCUCUGUUGGUAACGUGACUGAUGCCGUCUCUCGCGACAGAGCCUGCAGUAGUGCACCAGUGCCAGCGCCCUCCUCUGCAGUGGAGCAGAGGAAGAGGAGCCUUGAUCAGAGGUUAACGAGAACAGUUCCUGAGGGCGACUUUCCACUCGAUGUUGGAGCUAAGUCUGGGCGGUGCCUGACAGAGGAGGAAAAGGAGAAACGCAGCAGGAGGAACGUAAGCGCCGUGGACUCGACCUUCACCGGUUCCACAACGAGCUGCGACAGCGAUGAAGACUCUUCCAUUGUGAGUGCGUUUGCCGGCACUUGCAAGGAGGAUACUCUUAUCAUCUUCGACUGGGACGAUACCAUCCUUCCCACUCGUUUCCUCACCGUUGAAUGUGGACUCAGAGUUGAUGGCCCCGAUCCUGAUAACGAGCUGCGGAAGAUACUUGACGCUUACGCUCAGCUCGCUAAUGCAACGUUAUUGGCCGCAAUGGAACUGGGUACUGUCAUGAUCGUUACCAACGCCGAGACUGGUUGGUUGCCUCUCACCUGUGCUAAGUUUCUCCCGUCAAUGCUGCCAACUGUGAAUAUGAUUUAUCACACCUCAGCUCGAAGCACCUUCGAGCCUAGAGGAUUCGCGUCGGCAUUUGAGUGGAAGGAGCAAGCAUUUCGCCACGCUAUAGCCUCACACUUUGCGGAUGUGCCGUCGUUGCCUGGGCGUCGCCGCUGUGUUAUAUCCCUCGGUGACUCUGCCCAUGAGCGGAUGGCUGCGAUAUAUGCUUGCCGUGAGUUCAACGAACAGUCCAUGAUAGAUUCCUCAUCACCAGCCGGGUUACUCUGCAAGAGCCUUAAAUUCAUGGAACGCCCGGAUCUGGAACAUCUACGGAAGGAACAAUACCUCAUACAAGAUUGUUUAACGCAAGUUGUACGCUACGACCAGGAUCUAGAUCUGUGCAUUCAACCCCAACAAUGUCUAGCCAAGGACGACAUCCACGGCAAUCAGAGCAGCCGAAUGCAGCCGCAGCAUUAUUAAUUCGCUUACAGUAGCUCUAUGCAAACCGUCGUUUUCCAUGAGUGCGAUAAUGAUCACAGUAAACUAUCUUGUGUACAAGUCCCUCACUGCAUUGUGUCGCGAACUUCUGUACAUUUGCUGCUAUGUAAGCUC